AUGGCCUCCGGACCAUCAGGGCGCCGAGACGCCCCAUCACCGUCUGCCUCCUUCUAUGACCUUUCCGACGACGAGGAAGGAGGAUACAACACCAUCACACACGCCUCGACCACCAAGGGCGUCAAACUACUCUUCUCAAAGAGCAAAGUCUACGUUCACCCCACACCCUCGGCGAAGGACAAUAUCCCUGGCUUCAUCGCCCUGGUCCAGCAGAAACCCACACCUCUUUCAUCCGACGACCAGCGGCCGACGUCCUCGGCCUCCUCUGCGUCGAAGAAGAAGCUAAAUGCCUCGUCAUAUCUACUGGCGUGGGUGCCCGAAGCCUCACUGGCUCAAGAUGACCUGAGCACCUAUGUCAAGGUGGACAUGAAAGACAGCCAGUCCCCUCCGCGUCAGUCUUACCUGGUUCCGCCCUUGCCUCUUGCAACCACCUUCGACGAGUCGCCGGUCGGACCAUACGCUUUCUCUCUUCCCCUCUCCAGCAUAUACUCCAUUCACGUCCGUCCACCGAGCUUAGGAUGGUGGUAUGGUAGUAUCGUCAUCAACACCAGAGCCGGUUCCAGCCUCCCCGCCUUGUUCUUCCACGACUCGGAAUGCGAAAGCACUAUCCUACAGAAAAAGAAAAGAGCCAAAGAAUCGUUCGAUCCGUUUGGAGAAAGCGGCGAAUUAUUCUGGGGUGGUGAUGAAGUGCUCAAAUGGUUGAAGAGAUACGUCGCUGUCGAACGAAGCACCGCCGAGCCGUCAAUCUACCUGAUCGACCCGUCGGAGGAAGAUCGUUUGGGCUUCGGGCAAGGACGGAAGUCACUCGAGCAGGCCAAGCGAAAGGAUGACGCUGCGGCAAAAAAGCCCGCUGACCAACAGAAGAAGCCACCGGGCCCAGGCAUGGACCCGCUGACGAAAGCUCUCAAGGAGACGAGGUGGAAGAUCCUUGAGCAAUUGUCCAAAGUCACUACCUUCACCCGACGCACGGCUGAAGACCUCGCGAACAACAAGAAUCUACCACCUCAGGUUAGGCGCCUAAUUCAGAACCCCGAAGUCCAGACCUUGCAGGACGAAUUCGACAGCGCAAAGCUCUACCUCGCGCGCUGGGCUAUGAGCAUCGCCGAGCAGAGCGAACGAGAAAGAAAGCAGCGAAUAUGGACGGCGCGAGAUGUCCUUGAAUCCGAGGAAACCAGCGUCGGCGAUUUCGAGAUUCUGGACAUGGAAGCAGCACGGAUGACGCUGACCGACAGCAAGCGCCGACCCGUCAACAUGACUGAGUGGAAAUCAUUCUUCGACGUAAAGGGCAAACUCAACGUGACGGUGGACGAAGUCAAAGAACGCAUCUUCCAUGGCGGUCUCGACCCCGAGGACGGCGUGCGGAAAGAAGCCUGGCCUUUCCUCCUGGGCGUGUAUGAGUGGGACAGCACAGAAGAGCAACGGCGCGCUCUGAUGAACCAAAAACGAGACGAAUACAUCCAGCUCAAGGGUGCAUGGUGGGACAGGAUGAUCGACGGCAACGCCACGCCCGAACAAGAAGAAUGGUGGAAAGAGCAGAAGGUGCGAAUUGAGAAAGACGUGCAUCGCACCGACCGACACAUUCCCCUCUUCGCAGGCGAAGACAUCCCCCAUCCGGAUCCCACGUCUCCGUUCUACAGCCCCGACGGACCCGGCACAAACGUCCACAUGGAACAACUCAAGGACAUGCUCCUGACAUACCUCGAAUACGACACCCCUCCCUCCGUCGGACCUCCCUCUUCGACAUACCAAACCACGAAUCCCUCGCCCCAAAACCUCGGCUACGUCCAAGGCAUGUCCGAUCUCCUGUCUCCUCUGUACGCCGUCUUCCAAGAUGACGCCCUAGCAUUCACAGCCUUCUGCCACUUCAUGACGCGCAUGAGCCGUAACUUUGCGCGGUCUCAGCUCGGCAUGCGCGCCCAGCUGAACACCCUCGACCAACUCGUCCAGCUCCUCGAUCCGAAACUCUACCUGCACCUCCAAAGCGCCGACAGCACCAACUUUUUCUUCUUCUUCCGCAUGUUGCUGGUGUGGUAUAAGCGUGAGUUCGAAUGGUCAGACACGCUGCGCCUGUGGGAGAGUCUCUGGACGGACUUCUACAGCAGCCAGUUCCACCUGUUCAUCGCGGUGGCGAUCCUGGAGAAGCACCGCGACGUCAUCAUUGAUCACCUCAAGCAUUUCGACGAGGUGCUCAAGUACAUCAACGAGCUGUCCGGCACGAUGAAUCUGCAGGAGAUGCUUGUCAGGGCUGAGGCGCUGUUCAAGAGGUUUGAAAAGACGGUCGAGGCGAUUGAUCGCAAGGAGACAUUUCCGAUGCCGAGCGGUGUGGCUGGCGAGUUGAGGCAAAGAAAGCCGGGUGUGGAGGAUGCGAAGGACAUCAAUGCUGGUGGUUCGCAGAAUACAGGAGCAGUGGUUACUGGCUCGGCGGCGACGGGUCCUUCGACCCAGGAUCGCGGCGUCGGGUCAAGCCCCAGAAGACAGAAGCCAGGCCAAGCGCAGGCAAAAGGCAAAGAGGCUGAAAAGAUCAAAGAGAAGGUCAUCACACCAGAGCUGCGGCUAUUGUUGAGCAGGAAGAUCAUCACUCUUGACGGUGAAGAUGCCCCCGCAACAAGAGCGAGUGGCUUGAAGGAUUAA